AUGGAUAGCCUGCACAACGGGGGCGACGUUGAGGAGGUGGAGCAGUACGUGCAGGCGGCGUUGCCGCUCUUCGAGUGUGCGCCUCAGGCGUUGGCCGAGGUGGCGCCGCAGUUGCUGCAAGAUAUGUCGGUCAUCCGGAAAUCUGUGGGCGACUGUCGCACACUCGGGAACUUCGACCGACAAGAGUGCGACAUAUACGAAGGCUUUCUUAUAUUCUGCACGAUCCUCAUUGGCCUCGCCCCGGCUCAACAACAACUUGACCUAACUGAAGUCGAAAGUCUUCUCACCACCGGUUACUUCUCCCCACCCGUUGUGCUCCAGGCCUGUCACCUGCUCGCCCUCAAACAAGCGUCUCCUUCGGCUCAACUGCUCAAGCACUGCGCCUUGCGCUUGACUCAGCGGCUGGGAAAGCUGCAGCAAUUCCUGGUGGCUUACCUCGCUACUCUCACCCGCGAUAUCCCGCCAAUCGGACAGCCGGCAGGCGGAGGCAAGUCCGGGACAGAUAUGGGGGUGUCCCAGUUGACCGCAUCGGGGGAUGCUGUGUCCAAGACUAUGCCAGAAGAAGCUGUUGCAGGGGCUGGGGAAGAGGCCGAGCACCGACUCGCAGCCGUGGCCCAAGGACUAAAUCUGCGUCAGGAUACCGCGGCAUUGAUACAGUCGUGCAGAGCAGGACGUCUGAGCAUCUUGGAGUUGCUCAAGGCGCUGUCCGUGGAGCCACCGUCUGACGGUAUAAACGGCAUCUUAACUGAAGUUGCUGCGCUGAACGCUUACUCCCGGGUUAUCCUUAACCUGAAACCUGACCUACCAGUCCAAGCGUUGGGCGAGACAGAGAUAGAACUGCUGGAACAGCACUCCUCUCUCUGCGAGUCGGUUAUGAAUGCCGUCCGAGACGCCCCAGACAGAGAGCUCAGCGACCUCCUACUCGUGGUGAUCGCCGAGAGCCUGAUAGCCAUGGCAGUCGCAUCGCAACAACCCGUGGCCAAAUUGGGGAAAGCCAUACUUAACUGCUUUCGCCACCUACCUCACGACCAAGUCCUCGUGGGUCGAAAUCUAGUCAACGGCCUCUGUCCUCUCUACCCGUAUAACACGGACAUCGGCUGCAAAAUAUUCGAGCUGGCUGACGUGUUCAAAGAACCACUUACUCAGUGGAAACAGUAA